AUGGCGGGAGUUGUUGAUCGCACGCGAUCGCUAAAAGAAAUACUUGUGGAUAGUUUAUCUGCCAUUUUAUCGCCUGAUCAUGGUACUAGAACUGACGGCGAGAACCAGAUUAAAGCACUGGAAGUUACUGAAGAAUUUGGAGUACAUUUAGCAGAAGUAACAAUAGAAACAAAUGGACCAUUAGCAGUCAGACAGCUAGCAUCAGUUUUAUUAAAACAGUAUGUGGAAGCACAUUGGUCACAACACUCUGAUAAAUUCCGACCACCAGUUACUGGCGAUAUGGCCAAGCACAGAAUUAGGGAAUUGCUGCCCUCUGGUUUACGGGAAUCAAUCAGUAAAGUUCGAACAAGUAUAGCAUAUGCAAUAUCUGCUAUAGCACACUGGGAUUGGCCAGAAACGUGGCCAAAUUUAUUUGAUAUUAUGAUGCGAGAGUUGACUAGUGGGGAUCCUAAUGCUGUUCAUGGAGCAAUGAGAGUUUUAACAGAAUUUUCCCAGGAUGUGACAGAUACCCAGAUGGCUCAUGUAGCUCCAGUUAUUCUACCAGAAUUAUAUAAUAUAUUUUUACAGGCAGAGGUUUAUGGAGUGCGGACAAGAGGAAGAGCUGUACAUAUUUUCAAUGUUUGUAUAGGAAUGAUUUCAACUAUGAAUGAAUUACAGAAGGGUGUAGCUAAACAGCUGUUAUUUCCUAUUCUACCCCAGUUUACAGAAGCUUUAGUUUUAGCUCUACAAUUACCAGAUAGUCAUACUUCUGAUAGUGGUUUAAAAACAGAAAUAGUGAAGGCUAUAACCACAUUAGUAAAAAGUUUCCCUAAAACUAUGGCACAAUGGUUACCACAGAUGUUACCAACAGUCUGGACAAUCUUUACACAAAGUGCUGAAUUUUAUGUGCGUACAGUUGUAAAUAAGUUAGAGGAUUUAGAUGAAGUUGUAGAUUCAGAAGGUGAAAUUCUGGGAUUUGAGAAUUUAGUUUACAGUAUUUUUGAGUUUGUACAUGGGCUAAUAGAGACAUCAAAGUUUCGUAGUACUGUGAAGAAAACAGUUAAUGAUAUUAUAUAUUAUAUUGUUAUAUAUAUGCAGAUGUCGGAAGAUCAGAUAAGAUUAUGGUCGAAUAAUCCUGAUCAGUUUGUAGAAGAUGAAGAUGAUGAUAGUUUUUCCUACUCUGUUAGAAUAUCAGCUCAAGAUUUACUCUUAUCAAUAUCCAGUGAAUUUCCUACAAGUAGUGCACCAGCUUUGUGUGAAGCCAUAUCUAGACAUCUUCAUGAAGCAGAAAUUGGUAAAAAUGCAGGAAAUCACAACUGGUGGAAAUUGCACGAGUCAUGCAUGUUGGCAAUUGGCAGUGUUAAAUCUAUGAUCAUCCAGUCCAUUCAAGAAUCCAAGGUUCAGUUUGAUAUAGACUCCUUUCUCCAGUCAGUUGUUUUAGCAGAUUUAAAUAUAGCAGCUUCACCAUUUUUAAUAGGUCGCUGUCUGUGGACAGCCAGUAGGUUUGCUGAAAUCAUGAAGCCAGAUUUACUGGAAAAAUGUAUUCAAGCAUCAGUGGGAGGACUUCACAUGUCACAGGCACCUAGUGUUAGAAUAUCAGCUAUUCGAGCUCUGUAUAAUUAUUGUGAACAUUUAAAGAAUAACAAUAACACACAAAUUUUGGUGCCGUUUGUUUUGAACAUUGUUGAUGGUUUAAUUACCAUGGGAACACAGUUUUCAGCAGAUGUGUUAGGUUUAGUCAUAGAAGCAUUGACACUUAUUAUAUCGGUUGAUAAACAGUUAACAACAUCUAUAGAAGAGAAGAUAUCACCAUUUGCAAUAGCUGUAUAUCUCAAACAUUGCUCAGAUCCAUUUAUAGUGUCACUUGUUCAAGAUUUAAUAAAAGAAAUAGCAGAAAAUCCUGGUUGUAGUAGAAAGUUCGAAGAACGGUUAGUACCAACAUUAUCAUCAAUACUUCGAUCACCCAUGGACAAGAUGCCAGGCUUAAAUUCAACUGCUUUAGAUAUAUUGACAACACUGGUACGGAGUGGACAGAAACCUUUAUCAUGUGCAAUAAUGAACACAGCUUUUCCUUCUUGUAUAGAAUGUAUAAUGAAAACGGAUGAUAAUAGCUCACUACAGAGUGGAGGCGAAUGUUUGCGAGCUUUUGCAUCAGUUGAUUUAGAUCAAGUUAUGGAAUGGAAAGAUGAAACAGGUAAAACUGGUUUAUUCUAUAUCGUUCAAGUGGUGUCAAAACUUCUUGACCCCAAGACUUCUGAACAUACAGCAUCAUUUGUUGGUCGUUUGGUAUCUGUGGUGAUAAGUCGUGUAGGAAAACAGUUAGGAGAUAAUCUAGAUUUGAUGUUAAGAGCUGUUUUAAGUAAAUUAUUACAAGCAGAAACUCUCAGUGUCAUACAAUCUCUAGUCAUGGUGUUUGCACAUUUAAUUCACACACAGUUAGAGGCUGUGUUAGAUUUCCUGACUAACGUUCCGAGUCCUACAGGUCAACCAGCCCUAGGAUUUGUAUUAACAGAAUGGUGUGCAAGACAACAUCUCUUUUAUGGUUCUUAUGAAAGAAAAGUCAGUUCUAUAGCAUUAUGUAAACUGUUACUACACACAAUUCAGACAAAUGACAGACGAUUACAGGAAAUAACAGUUCAAGGGGAACAGAUACAGAGACCAGGAAUACGAACACGUGCUAAAACAUCCUCAGAUCCUGAUGAAUGGACGACGAUCCCUAUAUUAGUAAAGAUGUAUAAACUACUUAUUAAUGAACUAUCUAAUCAGAUAGAAACAGCCAUGUCAAAAGCUGGACCCGGUGAUGAAGAAGAUGAAGAUGAUAGUCAAGAGAAUGGUUGGGAAGAUGAAGAUGAAGGAGGUGAUGAUGAUGAUGGAGAUUUUAAUAUAGCAUCAGGUCGAAGUUUAGCAGACUUACUCAGUGAUUUUGAUGCUAAUUAUCAAGGUUUGAAUUUAGGUGAUGAGGAAGAUGAAGAUCCCGAUACAAUGGCUGACCCAAUAAACCAAGUCGAUCUGAGGAUAUAUUUAACAGAAUUUUUACAGCAGUUAUCUCAGCAACCAUGUUAUUCAAUGUUCAGCGUACAUAACAAUGAAGCAGAGAGACAAGUUUUACAAGCUAUUAGUAUACAUGCUUAACUUUGGUUUCUCUUACCCCAUGACACUUUCUAAAAAAAAUACCAGACUAGUCAAGUAUUUGGUUAAAGUUUUAUUUUGCUAACCAAGACAUUGUGCUCAUUGCCUUGUUCAGGCCUAGGGGAUGGACAGACUAAUAUAAUUAUUGGUUUUUAGACUAAAAACUAAAAAAAAUUGUCUGGUUGAUCUUGGAUGUUGUGAAUUUACACAGCAGGGGAUCUGAGUUUAUAAAAAUAAAUUUAUGUUACUAUUUUUGAAGUGUGUAUAUCAACAGGUUGUUUAAAUUUCAUGUUAGCUUUGUUAUCUUGUCAAUCUGAUUAAAACACAGAUACUACUUCGUUUUGUUUUUUAUAGUUUUUUAUUUGUUUGUACUACACUAGGAUCUGGAAGAGUUGUUAUAUAACCUGCAUUCUGAAUAGUGUGAGGGAUAAGCCAAUGAAAUGAUCUGUUACGGGAACUUCUUGGCGUGCAAUGCACAGAACUGUGGGCAAACCACUAGAAAUGUCAACAUGUCAUAGGAUCAAAAGCCGCUACCAAUGCAAAUGGUCAGAUCUUCAUGUGUAAAAAAAGUAUUAAAAAAAAAACGAAACGAAAUAUAGAUCUGUAUUUUAAUCAGAUUGUUAUCUUGUCAAUGAUAUGUUUUAACUGCACACAAUUUGUAUAUAUAUAAUUAUAAACUGCUGAAUGAAUGCUCAUAAUGUAAUUUAAAUCUAGGCUAUUGUGGUUGACAUACUAAUGAUUAGUACCUGUACUGUUAAUUGGAUAGUUUUUGACUUGCUCUUAUCAAUUAUCUGAUAGCGGGAAAGGACAAUGAAGGGAGUAGAAGCUCCUUCCAAUUAUCUCAUUCUCCUUUCUAGGUAAAAUGUUUUUUUUUUUUAAUGGGGAUUGGCGCGAUAUAAAUUGUGACCACUUCAAUUAUUUGAUGUUUCAAUUUGUGUGUUGCUGUCAAAAUAGACCCAAAUCCUGCGUAUUUGCUGAAAGAAAGAAAACAGUUUCGGUCUUUCAUAUCCAAUAGUUUAAAAACUAAUGUGGAUAUGCAGUAAUGAUUUGUAUCAAACCAUUCGAUGUUCAAUGAUCUUUCUAACAAUACUAAUCAUGUCAUUUUAUAAUAAUCAAUUUUCAUUUUAAAUUUGAGAAGAAAAAAUGUAAUAAAAAGCCUUAUUCAGAGAACCAGACAUCCAUAUUUUAAUCAGAGCUUGUACUUCCUAUAAUUUUGUUUUCUCACAGUCUGAUAGUAACAAAGUCGCACAAGUUUGUAAUUAAUAUAUUUUAAUAUUGACUAACAAUAGGAUAACCUACCAUUAUCUUGUAAUUAUCCUUGUCAUGUUUUAACUUGUUCUUGUUUAUGCUUGUACAGUGUUAUAUAUUUUAUUCGCCAAAUAAACUUAUGCAAUUCCUUUUC